UCAAGUCCUUCCCUUCCCCAGCCAUAAAAGUCAAAAUUCAACUCAUUUCCUUCCUCUUCAUCUGCACUCCUUCAAUUCAUAAAAAACUAAAAACCCUUUUUCUUCUUUUUGGUGCCUGUGACUGAGAGAGUCUGAUAGCCCCAAAACCCAGAAAAAAAAUGACCGAGUUUCAGAGGCUAUCCCAAUUCUUCUUCUUCGUUACCCUCUUUUCUCUGGCCACAUUGAGUGGGUUCGCUAAGUCCGAUUCAGAAUUGGUCUCGGAGCUCCUCUCCCUCCAAUCCCGAUCCCAAUCUGGGGUGAUCCGUUUCGAUGACCGCUCAGUCUCUCGCUUCCUCUCCUCUGCCAAAACCCCAAGACCUUACUGGAUCCUCAUCUUCUUCGACGCCGCACAGCUCCACGACAAGCAAGAGCUCCACCUCAGAGACCUCCGCGAGGAGUUUUCUGUUGUUGCCUCCUCCUUCGUCACCAACAACCAAGACCCAUCUUCGCCUUCCCAUGGUAAGCUAUUCUUCUGCGACAUCGAGUUCAAGGAGUCCCAGAACAGCUUCUCUCACUUCGGCGUCAAUGCGCUCCCCCACAUCAGACUCAUCGGACCCCAUCAAACCCUUAAAGAGUCCGAUCAAAUGGACCAGGGCGAUUUCUCCCGAUUGGCAGAGUCCAUGGCCGAAUUCAUCGAAUCCAGGACUAAACUUGUCGUUGGUCCGAUCAAUCGGCCGCCGAUUCUUUCGAAGAAGCAGUUGGCGUUCAUCAUUUUUGCUUGGCUGAUUUGGAUGCCCUUCCUCGUGAAGAAGAUUCUCGGCGGAAAGACUUUGCUUCACGACCCGAAGAUCUGGUUGACCGGCGCGGUGUUCGUCUACUUCUUCAGCGUCUCAGGAGCAAUGCAUAACAUCAUCCGGAAAAUGCCCAUGUUCUUGGCCGACCGGAACGACCCAAGCAAGCUGGUGUUUUUCUAUCAAGGGUCCGGAAUGCAGCUUGGAGCUGAAGGGUUCGCAAUUGGGUUCUUGUAUACGAUUGUGGGUUUGCUAUUGGCAUUCGUGACACGCGUGCUUGUUCUGAUAAGGAAUAAGACUGUGCAGAGGGGGUUUAUGAUUUUUGCUCUCUUUGUUUCGUUUUGGGCUGUAAAGAAGGUUAUCUACUUGGAUAAUUGGAAGACAGGUUAUGGGAUUCAUGCAUUCUGGCCUUCAAGUUGGAACUGAGCUUUGACGGAUGUUUAUCUCAACGGGGGCUUUACAAGGAAAAAAAAAAAAAAAAAAAAAAAGGUGAUAAUUUUUCUGGUGAUAAUUUUUCUCGUGAAAUGGAUAAAGUGCUAUUGAAACUUUGACGCAUGAACUUUGUUACUGAUAGAAAAUAUGUAGCUUGAUACUGCUCUACAGAGGAAUACUUCUAUGUUAACAUUAGAUAAUUUCAAAAUUUAAUGCUCAUGCUUUGUGUUUAUGAUGGCUUUGGUUUA